AUGUUUACUUUAUUAUUAAUUCCAUUUGUUGAUGCUCUUUUCUCUGGCUUCGAGUAUGUCUAAGUGACAUCUCAACUGGAAUAUUCUGCAUAUACUUUUAGAGGUGUGAUAACUGUGAUUCCAUAGACAAACAAUAUUUUAUUAUGGAAAUGUCAUGAUCUAGAAGAAGCAAUACCAAAUAUUUCAUUCAAUCUUCUUGAAAAUGGAACACUCUUGAAGCUUAAUGACUUCAAUCUCUAAUAUGAAUACGAAGUCAAACCAAAUCCUUAAUUCAUCUUCACUUACUAGGACUCCACGUAAGGAAAAUUAGUAAUUGAUUAUUUAACAUAUAAAAAUACAGAAUCUGAGUUGCAAUUGAAAGAAAUAAUAGAUCGAGUUAUAAUUGACGAGUACACUGUUGAUUGGGAUACGGUACAUUAUAAUUUAAAUGGUCUUCAUGACAAUUUGAUUUAGUUUUGCAGGAAGCAUUAAGAUUUUAAAACAGAGUUGUGAAUUAUAAUAAUAAAAUACAAUCAU